UGAGCUUGUCGCCUUGUUUUUAUUUUUCACGCCACCGAAACGAAACGCGGGAACGUUCCCGAGCCUUUCGGAAGCCCCGUGGAAAAAAGUUGGGGGUGGAGCCAGACAGUGACCCGGAAGGAGAAGUGACUCACCCUUGGAGUGUUGGGGAGAGGCAGUGGCGACCGCCCCGGUAGAAGCAGCAAUUAUCCGUGUGCAGCCCCAAACUGGAAAGAAGAUGCUAAUUAAAGUAAAGACGCUGACUGGAAAGGAGAUUGAAAUUGACAUUGAACCCACAGACAAGGUGGAGCGAAUCAAGGAGCGUGUGGAGGAGAAAGAGGGAAUCCCCCCCCAGCAGCAGCGGCUGAUCUACAGUGGUAAACAGAUGAAUGAUGAGAAGACAGCAGCUGAUUAUAAGAUCCUAGGUGGCUCAGUCCUCCACUUGGUGUUGGCUCUGAGAGGAGGAGGUGGUCUUAGGCAGUGAUGGACCCUCCCUCCUUUUUAUCUCCUUACCCUGUCUCUCAAAAUGAGGCAUCAUAUAUCCUCACACUCUGGGGGACACCAGAGCCACUGCCCCCUCUCCUGGAUGCCCAGUCUUAUGUGCCUGUUGGUGGGAGACUGUGAGGACCCCAGGAUGCGGUGUUCCUGGCCUAAAGGGCCCUUGCUGGCUGUUGGGUUUUAGUUUGCAGUCCUGUGUGCUUCCCUCUCUUAUGGCUAUGUCCCUGGCUAUCAAUAAAAUAUUCCCUAGCCUCUUUGAA